AUGGGGACCAGUGGCAAAAGGGAGCACAGCACCGUGCUCCACCUGCUCGCCGGAGGAUGUGGUGGCACAGCUGGAGCCAUCCUGACCUGUCCCCUGGAAGUGGUGAAGACACGUCUACAGUCAUCGCAACUGACACUGCGGCCUCUGUGCCUCUCAGAGAUACAGCUGCCGGGGAUGAGCGUGAGGCUGAUGAACCCCACCCCACCAUCUCCUGGAGUGCUCAAGCUGCUGAGGGCUAUCCUUGAGAAGGAAGGCAUGCGAUCCCUGUUCCGAGGUCUGGGUCCAAACCUUGUUGGGGUUGCUCCUUCCCGGGCUAUAUAUUUUGCUGCCUAUUCUGGUGUUAAGGAGAGGCUCAAUGCUGUCCUUGUACCGGAGUCCAAGAAAGUACACAUGCUAUCAGCAGCCUGUGCAGGCAUUACCUCUGCCACGCUUACCAACCCUAUCUGGUUAGUGAAAACCAGGAUGCAGCUGGAAGCCAGGGUGAAGGGGGAGAUGGCCAGCAACGCUCUUCAAUGUGCCAUGCACGUGUACCGCACUGAAGGCCUUCGUGGAUUUUACCGUGGUAUCACUGCCUCCUAUGCUGGAGUGUCAGAGACCAUCAUACACUUCGUCAUCUAUGAAGCACUGAAACAGCAGCUGAGAAACAGCCAUCAUUCCCUUUCCCCACCACUCACACUUUCACCAAACAGCCAUGAUUUCUUUGGACUAAUGGGAGCUGCUGCUGUCUCCAAAACAUGUGCUUCAUGCAUUGCAUAUCCACAUGAGGUCAUUCGGACACGGUUGCGAGAAGAAGGGUCACGAUACCGUUCCUUUAUACAGACUCUGCAGCUUGUGGUCCAUGAAGAGGGACCCUUGGCUUUAUACCGAGGGCUCCUGGCUCACUUGAUCCGCCAGAUCCCAAACACAGCUAUCAUGAUGGCUACCUAUGAACUCAUUGUACAUUUGGCCUCUUCCACCUUGUAAGCACACUGUAGCACCUGGCUGAGGCUGCUGUAGAGAUACAAGGACCUCAUGGUCCUGAGUCUUGGCCUUUUUCCAUGCUCCGAGAGGUGGUGCUUUUCAUCGCAUAUCAGAACUGGGUCAGGCAUAGCAUUCUCAGGACAUAAGACUAUUUUGUGCAAAGUUUUUGGCUCCAAUGUGCACAAUGUAGCCUUUCUUCUUUCUGGAGAAUUGAAUUAUUCUGGUGCUUUGAGAUGUCAGGGCACUGGUUUGACACUGCCUGCUGUAAGCUCCCUGUAUGAAACAAGGGCAUGGAACUUACUGGGAAGGAGACAAAGGAGAAGGCAUAAGAGCAUCUUAGACAGCCUCAGCGUGUUCACUUCUUUUGGACCCGGUAACAACCAUACGUGGGCACAAUGGAACAUGAAGACAGGCUAGAGCUGAGACAUCUGAGGGAACUGCAGCAAGCAGAGAUUUCGUGCUGAGACCUUUCGUGCCUUCAGAAGGGCUCUUCCACUCUCACCUGCUGUGCUGCCUUCCUGCCCCUAAGGAGGAUUUCUCACUCUUGGCUGCCAGCAAAUGCCCUCUCGCAGAAGCUUCCUUUGGGUCCUUAACGUUGCAGCCAUUGCCCCAAGAUGCGUCAGGCAGCUGACAGCCUCGUCUUGCAGGGUCUGAAUAACCAGACCAGGUAGAUCAAGGGAAGAAGCACAACCUGCUAUGAAGCUCUACCCUGACAACUCAUGCUGCUGGGCUCAUAGCCAUGCUUUGCCAGUAUCUGUUGUGCUUCCAUCCCCUCCAUUCCCAACAGAAAGAGGAGGACACCUCCUUCCCUCAGGAGUGCUGGGGCUGUUCUGCUGCAAGCUGGAACCCCUGGUGUGAAAAAUAACUCUUUUAUGCUGUUAAAGAAAGUGGAUCAGGUGAAAAGAUGGGUGAAGCUGAGGAUUUGACCUGUUUCUAUUGAUGAUACACUAAGUGGAUGGAAAAACCCUUGUUUUUCUUUUUUCUCUAAUCAAGAAUUCCGUUUGCUACAUGGGUUACGCUUGCCUGUCGCAGGCUGGGCUGCUUUCUGUUCCUCUGGGUUCCUAGCCCCGUGUCCUAGGGAAGGCUACAUUGUGUUUACAAAGAGUAUUUUGACUCUCAAAAAGGCAGGAGGUAGGGUCAGGGGUGAUGUGCUUUUCUUUUUCCAACACAUACGCUAAAAAAAUGUAACCCUUCCCCGACAUAAGGCAGUAAUUUCAGUAGGCACAUGCUCUGGACAAGCUCCAGUCUCACAGUAGAGGUUCCACUGACUGUUUCCUUCCCUGCUUGUACUGAAAAACUGCGGAAGCCCUGAACAGUUUAUUUGAAAUCCAUUUAUUUUAAAAUCCACUUUGUUUCCUCGUCCUUCUUACCUUCAUCCAUUUAGUUUAAGAGUAUCGACAAUUUUACAAAGCGACACAAGCUGCAGUGGUCUGGGUUGGUGUU